AUGCCUCCAAAGCGACAACAGUCAAAAUGCAACGCAGCAUCGUCCAAUACACUGGCAAGAAAAAAUGCUGAAAUCUGCAAUCCGAAAAGUACAAACAGCUCCGAAGACACCUCAGCGGAGCAAUCGUUUCCAGAAUCUCCCUCACCUAAACCCAUUAAAAGAGCAAGAAAAGCGAAACAGCCACGACGCAAAAAAGCAACACCGAGCACGUUACCCAGCAUUGAAAGUCCAGUUAAUAACAACGAUCUAGACACAGCAUCACUCUCCAAACGAAUAGAAUCUCACUCUUCGAUUCAACCAACACCCGAUAUUAUCAGUCCACCUCAUCCUAUCCCGAACAGCCAAGGCGAACCAAGUGAUGUUCCACAACCAAUUUUUCCAUCAUUAGCCAAUAACGAUGACACCAACAAUCCCGACAGAGACGACAACGACAACUUCGCUAAUCAAACCAAUCCUUCUCCUGACAAAAAUAGUCAACCGAGUCAAGCACCAAUCAAUCAUUCCACAGUAAUCCACUCAGCUCAAACAGCAAAUCUUUAUCAUCAAGUCGACGAUGACACAAUUGCAUCUAUCGAACCAACGAUCACCGAUCCGUUCCGAUUCGAUUUUACCAAGCGAGACGUGAAACAUCUCCUUCGCCCACCUACUGUCAUACAAACCACGCCCACCAAAACUACAAUCACAUGA